CAGCACUCGACCAUCACUUGCAUGAUUUUAUGUAACUCGUGUGCUUACAUCAUGGUACCCGGCAUCUGCCGCGCCUGUGGCCUGAGCUCCUGAGCGCAGUCCAACGUUGGCUCUGGUCAGUCAAACGCAACGUCCAUUAAUUGCAGGUCAAGGACACGUUUCAUUAUCAUGGCGACGUAUGAUACUCUACACCGACAAAGCAGGACCCUCGAGUCCCUGUUUGACACCAAGCUGACCGCGUAUUCACGUAUGGCAUCUGCUAUUGCUCGGAAUUCAGAAGAUGUAGAAGCUGGGUGUUCACGGGAAAGGUGGCGUGACGUCGAGGGUGAAGUCGAGGAUCUCUUGGAAAAGCUUAAGGAGACGAAUGAUGCUCUGCUUGCACUCUCCAACAAUCCAAGGACAUCACCGCCAUCUCAAUCCAUGUCCCGUGCUAUCCAACGACAUCGGGAAGUAUACCAGGAUUACCUACGGGAGUUCCAUCGGACAAAGGGUAACGUGAAACAGGCUCUGGAACAAGCAGAUCUCCUGGCGGGUGUACGCAAUGAUAUAGACGCUUACAAGUCGUCCACUGCUGACGCCCUACUAGCGGAACGGGGGCGCAUCGACAGCUCCCAUCGAAUGACGGACGAUAUCCUGGAACAAGCAUAUGAGACACGGGCCGAGUUCGGCCGUCAACGAACCACUUUAUCUUCGGUCGGCAAUCGAAUGGCCGCUGUCGUCGAAACAAUGCCUGGUAUAAACAAUCUUCUGUCGAUGAUAAAGAGUCGGAGGAGGCGAGAUUCUGUUGUACUUGGGACUGUCAUCGCCGUGUGCUUGAUAUUGCUUCUCAGUUAUAUCACUCGCUAGUCGCUGUUUUACAUGCAAAUACCCGUGUCUAAUUGAUGGCCCUGCGUCUUAAUGUACCGGACUUCAUCUUGCUGA